AUGGUGCAACCCAAUCCGUAUCUAUUGGGACGGCUUUUGGACCCCAUAUUUGCCGUUGCAGUGGGAACUGCAAGCUACUACGCUCAUGAACGGAAAGUGGGCAGAGAACCGGGCCAUUCCUUGAAUGAGUUGAUUCGCAAACGUCUCGAACGGCUUCGCGCAAGUGGUAACACGCAGCGUUAG